AUGUCGUUUCAUAAACCUUUGGUAGUCGUCAGUGGAGCUACUGGUGCUCAAGGAGGAUCUGUCGUCAAUACCCUCCUUGCAACAGGAAAAUAUAGAGUCCGUGCUCUUACACGUAACCCUAAAUCUGAUAAAGCAAAAGCUCUUGUUGCAAAGGGUGCCGAAGUUUUCAAGGCCGACCUUUCCAUUAAAGAAGAUGUCAAGAAUGCGCUUAAGGGCUCUGAUAUCGCAUACAUUGUCACCGAUUUCUUUGAUCCGUCCAUUUACCCAAAUAACAUUGGUGAAGAAGAAAGACAAGCUAAAAUGAUUGGCGACGUCGCUAAAGAAAUCGGAUUGAAUUGGCUUAUUUAUAGUUCUCUUCCUACUACAAUUGAGGGAUUCGAAGAACAUAAUUACAAUGUCGCAAAUUUUAACGGUAAAAACCGGGCUGAAAAAUACAUUAGAACUUUGGGUAUUCCGAACUCCACAUUUAUCUACGUUGGUUUCUAUGGCAGGAAUUUUGGUACAUUUUAUCCUAUUAUCACAAAAGAUGAUGGAACAUCUGAACUUAUUGUUCCAUUGGUCAAAGAAGACUCCACUAUUGAGAUGGUUGACGCUGAAACUGACACUGGCCCCGUUGUAGCCAAAGUUAUUGAAGAAGGGCCAGAAAAGUGGAAUGGAAAGAAAGUUCCUGUUGCUUCGGAACGCAUUACUUUUGGAAAAAUUGCCGAAACAUUUACUAAGGUCGCGAAGAAACGAAAAAAGAAUUUCCCUCUAUUUAGUGAAGCAUUACUCGAAAUGAAUCGUUGGAUUAAAGAAUACGGACUUUUUCUCGCUGACCCUGAAGCUUGUGACAUUUCCAUCGCUAAAGUUUUACAUCCAAAGAUUACUACUUUUGAACAAUAUGCUUACAAAAAAUGGG